AUGGCCACCAUCCAGUCGGAGACCGACUGUUACGACAUCAUCGAGGUGCUGGGCAAGGGCACCUUCGGGGAGGUGGCCAAGGGCUGGCGGCGAAGCACGGGCGAAAUGGUGGCCAUCAAGAUCCUCAAAAAUGACGCCUACCGCAGCCGCAUCAUCAAGAACGAGCUGAAGCUGCUGCGCUGCAUGCGGGGCCUGGACCCGGAGGAGGCGCACGUCAUCCGCUUCCUCGAGUUCUUCCACGACGCCCUCAAGUUCUACCUGGUCUUCGAGCUGCUGGAGCAAAACCUUUUCGAGUUCCAGAAAGAGAACAACUUCGCGCCCCUCCCUGCCCGCCACAUCCGGACGGUCACCCUGCAGGUGCUCAGAGCCCUGGCCCGGCUCAAGGAGCUGGCCAUCAUCCACGCUGAUCUCAAGCCCGAGAACAUCAUGCUGGUGGACCAGACCCGCUGCCCCUUCAGGGUCAAGGUGAUCGACUUUGGCUCCGCCAGCAUCUUCAGCGAGGUGCGCUACGUGAAGGAGCCCUACAUCCAGUCGCGCUUCUACCGGGCCCCCGAGAUCCUGCUGGGGCUGCCCUUCUGCGAGAAGGUGGACGUGUGGUCGCUGGGCUGUGUCAUGGCCGAGCUGCACCUGGGCUGGCCCCUCUACCCGGGCAACAACGAGUAUGACCAGGUGCGCUACAUCUGCGAGACCCAGGGCCUGCCCAAGCCACACCUGCUGCAUGCCGCCCGCAAGGCCCACCACUUCUUCAAGCGCAACCCCCACCCCGACGCCGCCAACCCCUGGCAGCUCAAGUCCUCGGCUGACUAUCUGGCCGAGACCAAGGUGCGCCCGCUGGAGCGCCGCAAGUACAUGCUCAAGUCCUUGGACCAGAUCGAGACGGUGAAUGGCGGUGGGGCGGCCAGUCGGCUGACCUUCCCGGACCGCGAGGCGCUGGCCGAGCACGCCGACCUCAAGAGCAUGGUGGAGCUGAUCAAGCGCAUGCUGACGUGGGAGUCGCACGAGCGCAUCAGCCGUGACAAAAAUGCAGGACACAGUAAUCCACCCAGAAGCGAUAAAGGCCCGGCGCCGGAUAAGACCCUGAGGCCAGACCCUGAGCUCUUCGACUCCGGCAGCUGUCCCGGAGAAUGGCUGAGCGAGCCAGAAUGGACCCUGGAGGGUGUCAGGGGGCCACGGGCUCAGGGACUCGCACCCCGCCACUCACACCCGCACGGUCCGUCCCGGACCACCAGCUUCCUGCAGCACGUUGGCGGGCACCACUGA